GUGGUUCAACCCAGGAUAAGAUAAUAGACAAUGGCGGUUGCAGCGACAAAAGUCAAUACACUCAACCUAACUCCGGUAUCCAAAGCCGACGAAAGCUACCACAGACCCACUGACCUCAAAGCUUUCGACGACACAAAAUCCGGCGUUAAAGGGUUAGUGGACGCCGGAAUUACUGAAAUCCCUCGAAUCUUUUACCAGCCACCGGAGUCCAACGACUCCGGCCAUGUUUCCGACAAGACCCAAAUCCAUAUUCCGGUGAUAGACCUCGACCACAUCGGAAAAACGGCACUCAAACGAAGAUACACCGUCGACAGAAUCCGAGAAGCUUCAGAGAAAUUUGGGUUUUUCCAAUUGAUUAACCAUGGGAUUCCGGUGAGUGUUGUUGAAGAGAUGAAAAAUGGGGUUCGGAGAUUUCAUGAACAGGACACGGAAUUGAAGGCACCAUACUAUUCUCGCAACAUAAUGAGGCCUUUCAUUUACGUCAGUAAUUUUGAUCUGUAUUCUUCAGCCACCACCAAUUGGAGGGAUACGUUUCGGUAUCUAAGUGCCCCAAAUUCUCACCAUCCGCAAAAGCUGCCGGAAAGUUGCAGAGAUAUUCUGGAGGAUUACUCAAAACAAGUGAUGGAAAUUGGGAAAUUAAUGUUUGAAUUGCUGUCGGAGGCUCUGUGUCUUCCUCCAACUUACUUGAACGACAUAGACUGCAGCGAGGGGCUUGCACUUGUAUGCCACUACUACCCACCAUGCCCACAGCCGAAUAUGGCGAUCGGCACAUCGGAGCACACCGACAAUGACUUCAUCACUAUUCUGCUGCAAGACCACAUCGGCGGCUUACAGGUUCGGCAUGGGAACAAGUGGGUGGACGUCCCCCCUGUCGCCGGAGCUUUAGUCGUCAACAUCGGAGAUCUUUUGCAGCUAAUAACGAAUGACAAAUUCAAAAGCGCUAAGCAUAGGGUUGUGGCGAACAAGGAGGGUCCGAGAGUGUCAGUGGCAGGGUUCUUCUCCACGUUUGGGUUACAGACCUCCAAAGUGUAUGGACCCAUCAAGGAAUUGGUAUCAGAAGAAAACCCUGCAAUAUACAGAGAUACCACAAUCAAAGACUUCAAUAUCCAGUUCCAUUCAAAGGGCAUUGGAACUUCUACUUUGAACCACUUCAAGCUCACCCAAGCACAUGUUUAAUUUGUAGUUCAUAAAGGUAGUUUAUGGAUCGCGAUUCAAUAAAUCCCCUCGUGUUCUGUCACAAGAUCUUGGAGUUCAUAUCGUAGUGAAUGUAAGGUAAUGUUAUUAUUCUUGCUCAAAGAAUAGACAAAAGAUGUCGCGAUAAAAUCUAUGAAAACACUUUCUCAUGGUUUUUGUGGUA